AUGGCACGCCAAGUGAUUGCUGUUGCUCUCAUCUUGAUCGCCGUGUUUGCGGCGGUGGCUUCCGCCCAAUCCUCACCGAGCAGCUCCCCAUCGUCAGCGCCGGUCUCCCCUAAGGCAGCGGCUCCCACCACCCCAUCGAAGCCGAGUGCCGCCCCAGAGGAAGAGCCCUCAUCACCUCCCGUCCUCACUGAGGCAGCCACUCCAUCUAGUGCUCCCGCCGCCGCCACCGGCGAGGCACCCAGCCCGACCGAAAUUGCCGACACGCCCACUGCCGGUGCCACGUCCCUGAAGAUUUCCACCGCCGUUGGUGCCGCUGCGGCUGCCGGAUACUUUUUCAUCUAA